CCGGCCCGGGCCCCGCUUAGUCGCCUCCACCGGCCCCGACCAUGAGCAGCUCCGGCCUGCCGUCCGUCGCCCCCGACGUCACCGUUGCCGACCCCUCCUUCUCACCCCAUUCCAGGUUGCUGCAGGUGGAGCACCAGGCCUCGGCGCUGAGCUACGGAAGAGGGCCCGACCCCCGGGAGACCACCAUCAUCAACAUCCAGGCCUUCAGCCCCCCGCCCCCCGACUACCUGGCCUGGUCCCUCUUCAACAUGCUCUACAUGAACUUCUGCUGCCUCGGCUUCGCCGCCCUCAUCUUCUCCGUGAAGGCGAGAGACCGCAAAGUCCUCGGAGACGUGAGCGGGGCUCACAGCUACGGCUCCACAUCCAGAUGUCUGAACAUCACGGCCCUGGUCCUCAGCCUGGCCUUCAUCAUCCUCAUCGCCGUGCUCCUGGCCAUCGGGCCCUUCGCUUUGUUCCACAUGGUGUCAUAAUCCUACCUGCUGCCCUACGUGUAGCCCCCCGGCAGAGCCCCCCUACCCCGACCUUUUCCCUUCCGCACGGGCCCCGUUCCGCUCCCCCUCGCCGGCCUGAACUCCGCUGACCGAAGCCCCAGAAGCGAGAGGUGCGGGAGGAGAGCCUAGCGUCCCCCCUUCGUCCCCCGGGACCGUGACCGAGGACCCAGUGGGUGGGUGGGGGGUGCGGCGACCCUAAUAAACUGCCUUAUUUUUUACUUUUC